UGCUCUAGCUAUGGAUUUCGAGGGGCAAAAUACCGUAUCGUGUUUCUUCUGUGCUGUUGCAGAUUGGCGCUAGCUGGCAUAUGCCAGGGCCACAGUUCGCGCCCCUUCUUCAACCUCUAUACUGAAGAAUUUAGUCUUUAGCUAAAAACUUGUAAAUCCUGUAGCACGAUGAGAGCGUUUUCUGAAAGUUCAACCAGGCUUUGAGCUUUUUGCUUUCGUAGGAUGUGCGAUGUGUGCGCCAGAUUGCACCGUAAGAUGCAGUCCGGGUGAUCGAUGCUGAGAGAAAUAGGAACGUAAGUGGUGUGCCUGUGUUGGGGGUGCGAUGGCGGCACCUGACGCGUCUCCCAUACUGCAGCGCACAAGCUCCAGUUUGAAACCUGCCAUGAGGGAGAAGUUUGUGGCAAUCUAUGAAGACAUCUUUGCGUUAAGUAGUCCUGUCCAGCUAGCACGGGAGCAAGGCAUCGCUGGCAGGGCUUCUUUGCAGAGAUUCUGGGACGAGCUUCUGCUGCUGAAGGUGAAUGAACUUUACCUCGCCAAGUGCGUUGCUAGCGAGCCUGAAGAUCGUCUUGUUGGACCGCUGAAACACACCGUCAAUGACCUCUUUUCAGCCUGUGUGAGGUACCUGGGGGAUGAUAAUUUUAUACGGGUGGCUCAUGCUCUGGAAACCAGCUCCAUCCUGCUGAGGGAGAUCUUUCGAAAGCGCUUCAAUGAACAGGGAUUCACAAUCAUCACACUGGUAGCCGGUUCUGCGGACCUUGCUGACAGCUUCUUCCGCAAGCUCAUCGGGGAAAGUGCAGAUCUUCUUGCUCGACAAGACGCACCGGUGACGGUCAAGGUACUAGUGCUGAGACUCUAUCUCACCAUCCUGACUGCCACCGACAACGUCAACACCAACUCCAUCGCUGCCUACUUCUUCGUGAGCAACGUCUUCGACCCGGUCGUCUCCGCUCUCUCCGCCCGGGUCCCUGCCGACCGCCGCCGGCUCGAACUUGACGCCGCUCUAGUUCUCAUCCUCCUUCUCCAAUGGAAAGAGUCCCCCAACAUCUACUCCGAGCGGUUGUGUCAACCGGCAGCCCCGCUGAUGCCGCUCCUUAACUCUGUCCAUUCGCUGCUGCUCCCGGCGGGGUUCGUUCCGCCCGCCGCUGCCGGCCAGAACGGAACGGAUUCGAGGCGGAGCAGCGGUGUCAUGGGCGGCCUCUUUGGUACUUCGACGAGCUCUCCUGGACCGCCGCCCCCUAAAGAGGAUCCUUCUACUUCCGACAGCAAGGCCGACACCCGCGACAAGCAGCGGUGUCGCUCGAGCGCAGCGGUUGUGCUCAUCUACUACCUAGUGCACCUCAGCCCCGUACUUAAAUCCAUGCAAGCCUGGCGACGAUCCGAAGACCCCAGCAAAUCAGCGGCCCAAGCCGCGAACCCCCAAACCCCCACCCCCGCCGUCGGCCAGUCGCUUUCUUUCCUCUGGAUGAGCGCCUUCCGCGCGUUCCUCUCCCUCUGCUGGCGCGCCUUCCGGGCACUCCCCCUGGUCGUCGACAGCCGCCGGACGUCCGAGAACGGGCAGAGCGUCCAGCUGUCCGCGGGGCAACAGGCCGCGGUCCUGCGCGCGAAAACGUGCCUCAUGAUCCUCCGCGUAAUCUGCGAAGAGCCGCUCAUCAUCGAGUUUCUCCGGAAAUGCGACGCGGCCGCGUUGCCCGCGUUUCCCAACUCGGGCGCCGCGUCGACCCUCCCCCCCCGGUCCCAUUCCGUCAAAUCCCAAGCGCAGCCCGUGCUGAGUAUAAUACUGGACCUAGCGACGGACGUGCUCUCGCUACCCCCCCGGGGGAGCUUUGUAGACGCGGACUUGUACAGUAGAGCGGAAGCAGUGGUUGCGACGAUAGUGGUCAGCAGUAGGGGGCAGGAGGGGGUGGUUUCGGAAGCCGCGAGCGGGGCGCAGGGUUUGGCCACGCAAGGGUUUGAGUGGCGGCGGCUGUGGGUGGUGUUGAGUCGGAUAUGCGACUGGGCGGGUGAGGUGACGGCGCUACAGAAACCGGGAGUGACGGACUUGGCAGCGCAGUCUGUGGCGAUUUUGGAGUACAUUCUGGCGGAGGGCCAGGAGAUCCUUGGUUCGGUCGGCGAAGUGGAGGCCCUGCACGCGAGUGUCAUGAGCAACUGCCUCGUCUUUCAGAAGCUGAUGCAAGCCGCACAGAAGCAGCAGGAGGCCCUGACGAGAGGGAGUGGCCGGUCGGGGCGGGAAAAAAGGGCGUCCUUCACGGGGGACUUCAAAAUGCUGAACUUAACCGCCGUCCGGAAUCACUACGAGGUACAGAUUGCUGCGAUGGGCGUCCGGGGGGUCCCCAGCGAACAGCAGGCGAUGGCCGGGGUGCAAAAGAAAGGGACAGCAGGGCUCAAGUUCAAGUCAAAGCCGGCAAUUGCGGCGCACGCCUAUGCGGAGGGUACAUCCGAAAGCCGUGUACUGAACGGCUUGGCCAGAGCCCUUAUUGCUGAGCAUAGAAGACUUUUCUGGCAGGAUAUUCCUAAUAUUCUUGACUUCCUGAUGUGACACUACGACGUGGUGGAUGUUGACCCUUCAGUCACCUCAAUAAUAGAAAGCUCACUGAUCUUGCAUUCACCUCAGCCUCUUCUUCUACAUGAUUUUCAAGGAUC